AUGGCGGCAGUAUGUGAAGAUAAAUACACUAAGAGAGCCGAAAGCCUCACUAUAAAAGAGGAAAACAUGGAAACAGAGGGUGAAAAAGAAGAGGAAAACCAAAAGCCGCAAGAGACGCAUCAGCAUACCUGGCAACCAAACUUCUACUUACGAGUGGACAAGGAGAUUUACUACUUUGCUGGUCAUGAAAUUAGUAUUUGGCAGUCUUUGGACUCCUAUGGCGCCACCAUAUGGCCAGCGGCACUGGCUCUCUGUCAGUAUCUGGACACAAAUCGAGGGAUAGUUAAUCUGCUGGAUAAAGCAGUGUUAGAAAUUGGAGCUGGCACUGGCCUGGUAUCCAUUGUUGCCAGUCUGUUGGGUGCCUGGGUAACAGCUAGUGACCUUCCUGAAGUCCUUGGGAACCUGAGAAGCAAUCUGGCCAGAAACACAAGGGGGCGCUGCAGAUAUGCACCCCAAAUUGCCGAGCUCAGCUGGGGCCAUGAACUGAAACAAGCCUUCCCUCGCUCUGUUUAUCGGUACGACUACGUUCUGGCUGCUGACGUGGUCUACCACCACGAUUACUUGGCAGAGCUGUUGGUUACCAUGCGCCAUUUCUGCCAACCGGGCACAACCUUGAUCUGGUCUAAUAAGGUCAGAUUCAAGUCUGAUCUGGACUUCUUGGAGAACUUUAAGACGGUCUUUGAUACCACGUUACUCGCAGACAUGGGGGACAUCAAAAUUUACUCAGCCACCACAAAAGAGUGCGAAGAACCAAGAAAUCUCUCAGUAAUGUUGAAACAGGAAGAGGAAGCCGAACAGGAAGAAGAAGACAAUAUAGAGAAUAUUAAAGAGAUUGACCUUCAUCAAAACCCUGCUGAAAUUGAAACGAAGAGCAGUGCACAUUUAGAGGAGUGCAAGGAGGAAAUACAGGAAAUGCCUAAAGAAGACUCUUCUGGAGAACAGGAAGAAGAUAUUGUAGAAAAUUCAGAAGAAAAUCUAUCCACUGGUGAAAAUGACCAAAGACAACAAGAAGGAGAAGAUGAGGAAUCUUCUCUUCAGUCAGAAAUCGAGGAAAAGUCUGCUGAAGCAGAUAAUAAUGAAAAGUCAGUUUAUCUGAGGACUUGGCAACCCAGCAUGUACUACAUGCCUGACAAAGAGAUCCACUACUUCUUGGGCCACAAAAUCAGUAUAGAGGAAUCACUGGAUUCUUAUGGGGCGGUGAUAUGGCCAGCGGCCGUGGCUCUUUGUAAAUUCCUGGAUACAGCAGAAGGUCAACAGCAAAUUAACCUACUGGAUAAAUCAGUGCUGGAGAUUGGAGCUGGCACUGGCCUCCUGUCAAUUGCGGCCACAUUGCUCGGUGCCAAAUUAACCGCCACAGAUCUGCCAGAAAUCUUAAGUAAUCUGAGAUUUAAUCUGAACCGGAACACGAGGCAGCACCGGAGACAUGAACCUCUAGUGAUGGAGCUCUCUUGGGGUCAUAAACUAGAAGAAACCUUCCCACAUUCCACGUAUCACUACGAUUACGUCCUGGCGGCUGAUGUGGUUUAUCAUCACAGCUUCUUAGCUGAACUUCUGGAAACCAUGCGUCAUUUCUGCCAGCCUGGCACCACCCUCAUCUGGGCUAAUAAGAUACGCUACACGUCUGACUGGACCUUCGUCGAGAACUUCGAGAAAAGCUUCCAUGCUACAGUGAUAGCAGAGCUGGACCAGGUCAGGAUUUAUAAGGCCACUUACCGAACUCCAGAUGAGGAAGACAAUGACCUUCCUAAAAGUGUAAAGGAAGAAGAGGUGGACAAGAACCAAGACAAGAAUGAAGAAAAGAGAAGUGCUUUGACAAGAAAUAAGAAGGAAGUACUAAAACUAAACAACGAAGAGGAUGAUGCAGAACAGGAAGCACAACAUCAAAAAGACUUCAAAAGGAUUUGUAUCCAGGAGAACAUAAGAGAUACACAAGACAGAGCUAAUGAAAAUGUGAUUUUUCAACUGAAAACCAAUGAUGAGACUGGAAGCAUGGAAGAAGAGUCUACAGAAGAAGAGGAUGAAGAAUCUGAAGGUGCAGAGAUAGAUGAAGAAUGUGAGUUCUCUAAUGAAUCCACAUCAACUUCUGAUGCAUCUACAGAGGAUGAAUCAGGUUUCAAGGAGACAAAUGCAGUGUCUGUAUAUCAGAGGAUUUGGCAACCCAGCAUGUACUACACACCUGGCAAAGAGAUUCACUACUUCUUGGGUCACAACAUCAGUAUAAAGGAAUCGCUUGAUUCUUAUGGGGCGGUGAUUUGGCCAGCGGCCGUGGCUCUUUGUAAAUUUUUGGAUACAGCAGAAGGCCAACAACAAAUUAACCUACUGGAUAAAUCAGUUCUGGAGAUUGGAGCCGGCACUGGUUUACUGUCUAUUGUGGCCACAUUACUUGGUGCCAAAUUAACCGCCACAGAUCUGCCAGAAAUCUUAAGUAAUCUGAGAUUUAAUCUGAACCGGAACACGAGGCAGCACCGGAGACAUGAACCUCUAGUGAUGGAGCUCUCCUGGGGUCAUAAACUAGAAGAAACCUUCCCACAUUCCACGUAUCACUACGAUUACGUCCUGGCGGCUGAUGUGGUUUAUCAUCACAGCUUCUUAGCUGAACUUCUGGAAACCAUGCGUCAUUUCUGCCAGCCUGGCACCACCCUCAUCUGGGCUAAUAAGAUACGCUACACGUCUGACUGGACCUUCAUCGAGAACUUCGAGAAAAGCUUCCAUGCUACAGUGAUAGCAGAGCUGGACCAGGUCAGGAUUUAUAAAGCCACAUAUAAAUCUGCACAGGACGAUAACUGUUGAAGUCUUUAAGGAAGAAGAGAAGGAGGAGGAGGAGGAUGGGAUGAUGGCUCAAGAAGCAGGAGACCAUCAUAGUAAAGCUCAAGACUGCAACGGAGCUACUGGAGAUCCUGCAGUACAACAUACUGUGUGUUAUUGGUUCAAUACUUUAAUAUGAGAACGUUUUAGUGAUUGCCCAAAAUUUGUAUUUUAAAAAUAAACAAAUUAGAUGUAAGAAUUAAUUUAGGUAACAGGACUGAGCGGUGAGAAUGAGCUUCUCAGUCAGAGUUACAAAAAGAUCAAAUAUACAGAAAACUUAAUGUUGGUCUUCCCAUGAUCUUCAGAAGAACCAGCUGAUGUCACUUCCUGUUGUAGAUGUGACUUGUUGUAGAAUGUUUCAGAUGGGGUAAUGUGUUUCGGUAACAGGACUGAGUGAAAAAACCCAGAGACACAACUAAAAUGUGUAGUCAAAUCAAGUCUUCGGGCGGAAGGCAGGAGACACCCUGGACAGGCCACCAAUCCAUCGCAGGGCAGACAGACCCAGACAGACACACAGACACAUCCACUCACACCUAAGGGGCAUCCAAUUAGUCUGAACGUGCCGUCUUUGGACUGUGGGAGGAAACCGGAGCACCCGGAGGAAACCCACGCAGACACGGGGAGAACGUGCAAACUCCACAAGAGACCCGGUCGCCCCACCCGGGAAUCGAACCCAAGCCGUCUUGCUGUGAGGCGGAAGUGCUACCCACUGCGCCACCGUGCCGCCCACUAAGUUUGUGUAUUUUAUACUAAAUAUUAUGUUUUUUCCCCCCCCAUUUUCUGCCCAAUUCACAUAGCCAAUUACCCAACCGACUCAUUAGGACCCCUAUCACUAGCAAUGCCCCAACACACCAGGAGGGUGGAGACUAACACAUGCUUCCUCUGAUACAUGUGAAGUCAGCCACCGCUUCUUUUCGAGCUGCUGCUGAUGCAGCAUUACCGAGCAGCAUCACAGCGCGCUCGGUGGAAAGCGCAGCGGCUCGGUUCUGGUACAUCAGCUCACAGACGCCCUGUGCUGUGGACAUCACCCUAGGAGUGAUGUGGGGAGAGAGCGCCAUCUACCCACCCUGUGGGAGCAAGGAGCACCGGCAGCUUGAGCGGUGGUUCAAACCUGCAACCUCCCACUCAUAGUGGCAGCGCUUUAGACCGCUGGACCACUCUGCGCCCAAGUAUUAUGGAUUUAUCAUGAAAAAAUAUGUUUAA